UGAGAGAAAUGCUCCCUUUAGUUCAUUCAGAGCUCAGCCAGCGUUCGUGUUGACUGGUCAGAGUCCAUGAACGGAGGCCUCUGUUUGACCGCCCGUCUGCCAGGUUUCUCUCGAGCUGUCCCCAUCAUCACAAAGUGCACGCAGUGAUCAACCAUGGCCUACCACAGUUUUUUGCUCGAGCCAAUCAGCUGCCACGCCUGGAACAAGGAUCGAACCCAAAUUGCCCUGUGCCCCAAUAACCACGAUGUCCACAUCUAUAAGAAGAGCGGGGCCAGCUGGAACAAGACUCAUGAGCUGAAGGAGCACAACGGUCAGGUGACAGGCAUCGACUGGGCCCCGGAGAGCAACCGCAUCGUCACCUGCGGCACCGACCGCAACGCCUACGUCUGGACCCUGAAGGGCGACGCGUGGAAGCCCACCCUGGUCAUCCUGAGGAUCAACCGCGCCGCCCGCUGCGUCACGUGGUCCCCCAAGGAGAACAAGUUCGCUGUGGGCAGCGGGUCCCGCCUCAUCUCGAUCUGCUACUUCGAGCAGGAGAACGACUGGUGGGUUUGCAAACACAUCAAGAAGCCGAUUCGCUCCACUAUCCUUAGCUUGGACUGGCACCCCAACAAUGUGCUGCUGGCAGCUGGAUCGUCUGACUUCAAAUGCAGGAUUUUUUCUGCCUACAUCAAGGAGGUGGAGGAGAAGCCGGCCCCCACGCCCUGGGGCUCAAAGAUGCCCUUUGGGGAGAUGAUGUUUGAGUCCACCGGCACCGCGGGCUGGGUCCACGGCGUCUCCUUCUCCGCCAGUGGGAACCGAGUGGCCUGGGCCAGCCAUGACAGCACUGUGGCAGUGGCCGAGGGUGGGAAGACCCCCGUUGUCACCAGCUUGAGCUCGGAGACCCUUCCCCUCCUGUGCGUGACGUUCAUUACCGAGAACAGCCUGGUGGCGGGGGGCCACGACUGCUACCCGGUGCUCUUCGUCUACGACGAGGCGAAGGGGACCAUCACCUUCAGAGGGAAGCUGGACGUGCCCAAGCAGAGCGCCCAGCGGGGGAUGACUGCCAGGGAGCGCUUCCAGAACAUGGACAAGAAGGCCACCUCUGAGACCAAGGAGGCCGUGCUGGAGUCUCUGCACAAGAACAGCAUCAGCCAAAUCUCCAUUUUGGAAGGCGGAAAGACCAAGUGUGCUAAAUUCUGCACCACUGGAAUGGAUGGGGGAAUGGCCAUUUGGGAUGUUAAGACCCUGGAAUCUGCUUUGAAAGAUCUGAAGAUUGUCUAAUGCGAGUAAAAUAAAAUGAAAAACAGAGCAUGAACUGCACUUGCUGCCUAUUUUUAUAAAGUUUUAUUGCUAGGAAAUACUGUUGAUGUUUUAGACUUCACCUUAUAUUCUGCCUUGCAUUUUGAUACAGCAAAAUAGUGUAAUUGAAUAUAUAUUUUGGCGCAAUUUGUUUUAUAUGAAUCAUUAAGCAGUUUUCAGAUGCCAUGAUGCAUUUAACGCAUUUAUGCUGGUCAUACAGUGCUUUUCAAUAAAAAAAAAUUACAUGAGA